UUGUAAAUCAUAUGAGUAGUAUAAAAAUUUUUAAAAAACUGAUUAUUAGGUUACAAAUUUAAUAUUUUCGUUUAGUGCGAGGGCACCAGUUGUACUAAGAAAAUCUCGCUAAAAGCGUUUGUUAUCGAUGUCUAUUGAUAAGUGUAUCAAAUUGGAGAUGGAAAAUAGUGGUGAAAGUGGUGACGAUGGAGGACCUUUAGGUCCGACUGCGUUUCUUGGAGGAGGUGGUGUUUCUGCAUCGUAUAUCAGUGUACAGUCUGACGAUAUGGAAGAUGAUCCUGAAAAUACAGAUGAUUCAAAUCAUGGGGCAAGUGAUCCUUUGCAAGGAGCUGGAAGUGGCAGUGUUGGAGGGCCUCUUCGUGAACAAGAUCGAUUCCUUCCAAUAGCAAAUGUAGCAAAAAUUAUGAAAAGAGCAAUACCAGAAGCGGGAAAAAUAGCAAAAGAUGCACGCGAAUGUGUUCAAGAAUGUGUAUCCGAAUUUAUAUCUUUUAUCACAUCAGAAGCAAGUGAUCGAUGUCAUAUGGAAAAACGAAAAACUAUUAAUGGUGAAGAUAUUCUAUUUGCUAUGACAACUCUUGGUUUUGACAAUUAUGUAGAACCACUAAAAGUAUAUCUACAAAAAUAUAGAGAAGCAACAAAAGGAGACAAUCCAGGUAAUGUUCCAACAACAGGCAAUGGAAAAACUGAACCACAAGGAACUAUAUACGAAGAUCAAUUAUUUGCUAUUGCUGCAACUGCAUCUAGUGCUACCACUUCUGAUACACCUGUUAUAUAUAGUUACACUUCCACUGAUCAAAUGCAAUUUCAACUUUCUUGAUCACUGUAUAUUAAAAUGAUAUUAAUAUAAAUUAUUUAACUUAAAAUGCAAUUUACAAUGCAAUUAUGUCAACUAUACAUGUAUCUUAUUCAUGUAAGAUUGCAUUUUGUAAGACUGUAAAAUCAGUUUAAUGAUAAACUGAUAAUUAUAAGAAUAGAACAACAUAAAUGUUCUUAAAUAUUUUGAAAAGAAAGUGACUUAACUUUAGGCAAUCCUUGUAAAAAAAAUAAAAAUAUGGGAGGAAAUAAAGCAGGAAGCAGUCCAAAA